AGGACCGGAGCUCAUUGAUGACGCCACCCUCACGUGACAAAGAGUCGACGUGUGCAGAAAUCCGUGUAGUGCGGGCCCUGUUUCCCUGUGGCUGCUCCGUUUUGCUAGAGAAGAAAGAAAGUGCCCCGUAUCCUUUCAGGUACUGGAGGGCUCACCAAGCGAGCAUACCUGUCUGCAGGACUCUUGGUCUUUUGGUUGCUACACAAAUCGAGGUGAGGGAAGAGGGAGGAAAAUUCCCUGGAUCCUUGCAGGUCAGUGUAAGAGUACUAUUGCCUCAGGUUCCUUUGGGUGGGAGGUGGAAGUCUGGAUGACACCAAAGCACAUCCCCGGGGCGCCGCCGCCUCCUCCCCUCCGGAUUAAGGACCGGAGGCCUGUGCAGAUCCUGCUGCUGAAAUGCGGAUUAAUUUGUUUGAAAAGAAAAUAAAAAAUACUCAACAUGCAAAAGUCUUGCGAAGAAAAUGAAGGAAAACCAGAGAAUAUGCCAGAGGCAGAGGAACAUCGAUCAUCAGAAGAUGCACUACAGGAGGGAGAAGAAAAUCCUCAGCCUUCUGAAGAAGGUAUAAACCAGAGAGCAGAAGGCAACCUUAGAGGAGGGCCUGCUCAAACUGGCCAGGAAUUUAAGGAGGACAUUCCAGUUAGGCAUGUGGACCCUGAAGAAAUGAUAAGAGGAGUAGAUGAGUUGGAAAGGCUUAGGGAAGAGAUAAGAAGAGUAAGAAACAAGUUUGUGAUGAUGCAUUGGAAACAAAGACAUUCACGCAGCCGUCCUUAUCCUGUGUGCUUCAGGCCUUGAAUUCUUUUUUGUGUGAUAUUAAAAUCUGGCCCUUGCUUUCUUCCUGGUAGCAUUUUCUGAUGAAUCUUUUACCUUGGUUUUACUUUUAAUUACCUGGUGGUAUUUUAUUUUUGAUGGUUUUCUUGUUACCAGCAUCUCAUUGGAUUUUGAAGUUUGCCCCGUUUUCCUGAUUUAUUUUUCAAUUGGAAAGUUUCACACAUAUGCAUGGAAAUAUGUUCAUUCUGUUAUACAGUGAAACAUGAUAAGUUACAAGCAGCAUAUUUAAUACCAGCUCACAUAUAUAGGAUAAAAUUCCAAAUUGUGUGUGCGUGCACAAUGUACAUACAUACAUACGCAUCUCAGAAACCUAACUGCGCAAAUUUCUUUGUGGUGUGAAGUUUUGUUUUUUUACUUUUUGCUUAUGUGUAUUUUUUUAAUGAACACAUAUCUCACACAAAAAGUUGAGAAUUUUUUUAUAAGUCAAAAAAUAAUUUGCAACCAGCUUAAGGGCAAUGGGGGCACUUAAAUUCUUGAUAAAAGAACUAUAAAAAAGAAAUGUAAAUCUCAAAUUACCUCUGCAUCUCUUAGCCAGAGGAAUAAAACUGGCAAUAUUGAAAGAUA